CAACCAUAUGCAUGGGAGGCUUCGUACACGAGAUCAUGGGAUACAGUUCAAGAGGACGAGGGGGGAAGUAUACAGGGCGCAGUAGAAGAGCUCAUAGCCCGCGGGCGGCGUAGACGGCUGCUCGCCCCUGCUUCUGCAAUCCGAAGAACGAUCAUCCGCCACCUUAUAUUGCUCCUGGAUCUGUCAUCGGCUAUGAUGGACCGCGACAUGCGACCCACACGCUUUGACCUAAUGCUGCAGUAUGCGCGAGAGUUCGUUACGGAAUGGUUUGACCAGAAUCCACUGGGCCAGAUCGGCGUCGUAGGCAUGCGCGGCGGCAUUGGGGAGAGAGUCGGAGAAAUGACUGGUAACCCUCAGGAGGUUCUCAAGGCCAUAUCUGAACGCCAUAAAUUGGAGCCAAAUGGAGAACCAAGCCUACAAAAUGCUAUUGAGAUGGCGCGAGCUAGCAUGAGUCAUCUUCCUACCCACUCCUCCCGCGAGAUCAUCAUCGUAUUCGGGUCACUAACGACAUGCGACCCGGGCAACAUCCAUGACACGCUCAAUGACUGCGUCAAAGACCGCAUCCGCAUUUCCGUUGUCGCGCUUGCCGCCGAGAUGAAGAUCUGCCGUGAGCUCUGUGAUAAAACCGGCGGUCAGUUCGGCGUAGCACUAAAUGAAGGGCACUUCAAGGAUUUGCUCUUCGAGCUCAUCCCGCCGCCUGCGCAACGCGCCGUCGCACACACCGCAGGCGGGGCGCCUGCAAAUCCGGCCGCUGACCUGAUGUUGAUGGGCUUCCCGACGCGCCUGCCAGAUACUUCACCGCCAAGCCUGUGUGUGUGCCAUUCGCAGCUAAAGAGCGAAGGCUUCCUGUGCCCGCGGUGCCUCGCGAAGGUGUGCGACGUGCCGACGGACUGCGACAUCUGUGGGCUUAUGAUCGUGAGCUCGCCACACCUCGCGCGGAGCUACCACCAUCUGUUCCCGGUCAAACCGUACCAGGCUGUGAUGUCACUCGAUGAUGCUGCAAGCGCAGCUCCGAGCUGCCAUGGCUGUGCGACCCUUUUCAAGGAGACUCCAUCGGCUACGGCUAGUGAGGGUAUGAGCCCCUUAGGUCGUUAUCGUUGUCCGGAGUGCCAGCAUGACUUCUGUGCAGACUGCGAUGUUUUCGUCCACGACGUCGUGCAUUGUUGUCCUGGCUGUGGGAAGUGA